CUUUCAGAAGUCAGUUACUGAAGUUUUUCCAGAGCUUGCAGGUAAUACAGAAUCAAUGGAGCCUGCUCCAAUGGAGUUUCUGAAGGAAGAUGAGGAUCAAAGAAUGUAUUCAGGUGCUGACGUGGAUGCAUUUCAGGCUACCGUGAAUCGUGAUAUCGGAGGAGGAGGCGGAGGAGGAAAUGCCUCGUCAUCUGAUGAAUAUGCCAAUGCUUCAAGUCAGCAACAGGAGCGAAAAGAGCAGCACUUAUUAGCGACUCAGAUUACACAGCAAUGGUGUGCUGAUGAGAAUCAGCAGCAAAUUCCAGGCAUUGAAUCUCAAUAUGUGAUGGUACACAAUAAGAUGGGUAAUCGACAAGCUAUGGGGUCGGAGCAGCCUGGUAGUCUAAAAUGUCCGGGGAAGCGGAUAUUGGAUAAGCUAUCACUGCUGACCUUAAAGCCUGUUCUUGAUAAUGAUAGAGAGAUGCAGCCUCAAACACUGCCAGGUUCCAAUCAGGCUCAAUUACAAUGUCAAGAUUUUGCUUGUCGAGACAAUGCGGGAUUGCUUAUUAGCUCUACUGCCUCAUCAGCAGUCCAAAUGCAGACUGAUUCUAGCUAUACAUUGGUGGAAAAUAAUGCUCAGAAAUCUCGAGAGGUGGUGGAACAUCAACCAGACACUAGAAUGCAAGUUAGCCAUUUGUCUUCCUCCAGUAUUUGCACGCUCAAUCGUGAUAGGAUGCAUGAUUUUCACUCUACACAGAAUUUAAUUCCAGCUUAUGGAAGUAAUAAUAGUACUUUUCGCCCAUAUUCUGGAACAAAUGCCAAUACUUCUGGAUCAUCCAUGAAGUCACAUCCUCAUGAUUUACAAGUUAGGCAAAUAUCACAUUCAACCACGGAUACAACUCAGAUACAGCGUUCAAUACAGGGAAGGAACGUGAUGAAUGUCUCAAAAUUUGAGAAGCCAAAUUCUGCUGCUGAUUUUAGUAGAUUACGGAACAGUUCUUUGUCCCAGAGUACCGACCACUUGUCAUGUGAACUGUCCACAAACAAAGGGAAAAUUGAUGCUCCAUUUCCAUCAAGAAAUUAUGUGAAGCAAGAACCUGUUGAUCAAGAUGCCAAGCAGCAGCAGAAAUUCCAGUUUUGCAACCCUCAAGAUCUGUCUGCUGCACUUACUGUUGCUGAAUGUGUUACAGGAAAUAUAAAAGACAAUUCUCUUAUGAGGCAGCCUUCUGCUGCUGAUUUAUCUCCAACUAAUCGAAAGAUGCCCACAAAUGUAGUUGCUACACCCUUUGCAAUUAAUCAAAACCCUAACAUCCAGGUACGGUCUCAGACCCUAUCUGCAGCUGCUUCUACUGAAAUCAAAGGUAAUAGCACUCCUCCAAACAAGCUUUCUGCUGGCCAGAAGAAGGCACUUAAAGCGCUCGGUUCCGUGCCACCAGCAUUAAGAAAAAAGAAAAAAGUUUCUGGGAGCUAUUCAUAUCAAAGCAUUGAAGAACUCAAUGAUGUCGCUUCUGUUAGUGGAAUUGAUCUAAGGGCAGAGCAAGAACAGCUAAUAUCUGGUUUGAAGGAGGUCAGCCGAGUUUCAGAAGCAUCACGGAGGAAUGUGCAAGAAGACGAAGAAAGAAUGAUUUUGCAGAAAAUUCCGUUGGAGAAAAAGUUGGCAGCGAUCAUUGUGAGAUGUGGUUUGAAGAAUAUCAACAGUGAUGUGGAGCAAUGCCUGUCUUUGUGUGUGGAGGAAAGAAUGUGUGAGCUAAUAAGUACCAUGAUCCGCCUUUCGAAGCAGCGGAUGGAUGCCGAGAAACUUAGGCACGGGACUGUAAUUACCUCAGAUGUACGGCAGGAAAUCAUGGCAGUGAACAAGAAAGCUAGGGAAGAAUCGGAGAUAAUGCAUCCCGAGCCUCAGGACAAGGAGAAAGGCGAAAGUUGCGUGAAACAAGUUGAUGUAUCGUAUAAACCGGAGUAUAAAAUGAGGAUAACAAAUAUAGCUGCCCGGGCUGCUGCUGGUGUGGAUGACAUGGUUUCAAAAUGGCAACUCAUGGCCGAGCAAGCUCGCCGAAAACUUGAAGCCGGGACAGAAGCAACAUCAGUUUCCAGUUCAGCAACAGCAAGGAAAUUCCGAAGGAGCCGAGCAAUCGAACUGCAACCUCGGGUGGCUCGAUCCAUAUCUGUCAAGGAUGUGAUUGCAGCAUUGGAAAGAGAACCCCAGAUGUUGAACUCUACCCUCCUCUAUAAAUUGUAUGAGAGACUCCAGUAGAAAUGCUCCAACAGAACAGUAAGUCUGCUCCUCAACACUAUUUUUUUACUUAAAUCUAAAUGAUACUAAUUUUGUGAAAUUCACUUGUAAAUGAAUACUAAUUUUGUUUAGUUUACUUAGAAAUUCAUUUGAUAUGUUUUUUUUUUAUUUUGAUGGAAUUGAUUUUACUAAUUCAAGUGUAUAUUAGAUGAGUUUAUUUGCAAAUGAAAUGAAUAUUAAUGCUA